AUGGCUUCAUCAGCGGUCCCCAGUCCGGUGACCCCGCCAUUCGACGAAAUCUCCCAGAACCUCACCAACAUCACUGGCGCCAGCAACGCCACGGCCGGCGCAUCACCAGAAUGGGAUCUCGCCAGGGUCGCCAGUCUCCUCACGAUGGAAGGAAAACUCAUCUUCUCCGCCCUCGCCAUCAUCUAUGUCGGCGCGCACGGUGCUCUCCGCCGUCCCCCGUCCGCAGCUCCCCCGAAGCGGAAGACGGGCGAGAAGGCUGACCGCAAGGAGGACGAGCCCAUUACGGAGGGAUUGAUGCCCUCUGACGCCAUCGUCUUCCCUCUGUUGGCAGGCGCCAUGUUGAUCGGACUCUACUACCUCAUCCAGUGGCUCCAGGACCCGGCUAUCCUCAACAAGAUCCUGCGCGUGUACAUGUCCGUCGCGGGUGUGGCAAGUCUCACGACUCUGAUGGCGCAUGCGUUGAGAGUUGGCUCGGGUUUUGUGUUUCCGAACUGGGUUCGAGAGAAGGGUGUAUUGUGCCGGGUUGACGAUGACCGGGAGACAUAUGUCAAAACCAACGGCAAUGACGGCGAAGAGACGGAGGUUAUGACGACCGGCAACCCCCUGCCAUCCGCUCUGCGCAAGAUCUUCCCCAUCACAGCAAAGGUAAACCGCCUCCUCUGGGAUGUCCGCCAUCUCCUGAUCGACGAAUGGACCGUCAAGGCCAAGGUGCAUGGCUUGUUUAGGGAGAAAUUUCACCUGUCCGUCACGCACAUUCUCGGUUUCUUCCUGGCUUUCGGCACGGUGUCGGCGUACUACAUGACCGGAUCCCCUUUUCUCUCCAACAUCAUGGGUUAUGGCUUCUGCUACGGCACGGCUCUGAUCAUGUCGCCGACGACAUUUGGCACUGGCAGCUUGGUGUUGAUGGGCCUCUUCUUCUACGACAUUGUCAUGGUAUUCUACACGCCCUACAUGAUUACUGUCGCCACCAAGCUCGAUGUCCCCAUCAAGCUCCAGUUCCAGUCCGCUUCUAGAUCAAGCAUUCUUGGCCUCGGUGACAUUGUCGUCCCCGGCAUGGUGAUGUGCCUGGCGCUGCGCUUUGAUAUGUGGAUGCACUAUCAGCGCCAGAUCAAGUACGUCCCCACCGACUUGAAGUCGCACAAGCAGGACACCAUGUCUGGCGAUGUCGUCACCGUCAGUGAGACUCAGCACGUUGCGCAGAAGGCCCUCUGGAUUGACAUCACUGGCUGCUGGGGCGACUGGUUCUGGUCUUCCUCGUGGAGUGGCCUUUUCAAGGGCGAUAAGGAGGUCGCCCCUACUGUCCGCGGUUCGACAUUCAACAAGACUUACUUCAACGCUUCCUUGAUCGGCUACGCCCUCGGCAUGCUCUUCACCCUCGCCAUGUUGACCAUCUUCAAGCACGGCCAACCCGCCCUGCUGUACCUCGUUCCAGGCGUCCUCGGGUCUCUCUGGCUGACGGGCUUGGUUCGUGGCGAACUUAAGGAGAUGUGGAUGUACACCGAGGACGGAAGCCUGGACACUCGGGACGUUGUUGUUGAGCUCGACGGCAACGGUAACGUUCUCAAGGAGAUCAAGGAUGACGAGAAGGAUGAGAAGAAGCGCAAGGCCGAGGAGGAAGCGAAGCGGAAGAUUGAGGAGGAGAAGGCCGCGGAGGAGAAGAAGCUGGCUGACAGACAGGAGGCGGAGAGGGAUGCUGAGAGAAAGGAGUAUAGCAUCGUCUCGUUCUCGGUCACUGCUCCCCUUAGGAAGGUAUAA